CCACUUCUGCUUCUAGGUGAUGCUGCAGCAUUUCUGCUCACUCCAGCAGCCCCGCACCACACAGCUGCCCUCACAGUGAGCUGCUCUGUGCCCUGCCACCAGCAUGCAUGAGGUCGUGCACUUCUCCAAGGCCCCCCCAGGACAGAGUGUGACCCCCCAAGAGCAGGAGAAAGCCCCAGGUGAGGCCGACGGCACCUAUGAGACCCUCCAGCUGGGUGAUGGAUCAGUUGAUGGCACCUACGAGACCCUCCAGCGGGGCGAGGGAGCAGCCAGACAUGGGACCCAGCAGUGCAGAGGUGAACCAGCCAUGCCGGUGCAGCACUCCAGUUUAGUGGGAAACACCAAGGCACUGACACGUCCAAUGGGCAUCAUGCACCUGCUGGAAGCCCUUUUCACCUGCAUUGCCUUCAGCGUGGUAGCCAGCAAUAGGGGCUGGUGGCAAGCCAACAUCACUUGGUGUAUGUUUUCGUGGUGCUUCUGCUUCUCUGUGACACCUGUGGUGCUUCUGGUGGAGACUGUGGGGCUCCAGCACCGCAUACCUGUCUCCUGGAAGGAUUUCCGCUUCACCUUCACCAUGUACGCCAGCCUUUUCACCCUCUCGGCCUCUGUCACCUAUCCUUUCACUGAAGUCAGAAAUGAACUAUACUGCGUGGAGCAAGACUACCGCAUUGCUGCCACUUUCUUCUCCUGCCUUGCCUGCAUGACCUACUCCGUGGAGGUCACCAUGAUCCACACCACACCAGGCGAGGUCACUGGCUUCAUGGCCACCAUGCCUGGGAUGCUCAAGGUGGUGGAAACCUUCAUUGCCUGCAUCAUCUUUUUCUUCAUCUUCAACACAAUGUUUCACGAUUGGCAUGGGGCCUUGAAGUGGUGCCUGGCUGUGUACUGUAUCUGCUUCAUCCUUUCACUGGUUGUCAUUGUGCUGUGCAUCAGCAAGUGCAUCAAUUGGAUGUCUUGUGCCUCCAUCAAGAUCCUCAGUGGAUACACACUCCUGGCUGUGCUCCUCUACAUCUCUGCCACCAUCCUCUGGGCCCUCUACAACUUUGAAAGUAAUCACAGGCAGCCCAUUUGGGCCAGAGACUACUGGGAUCACACCUUCUGUACCUGGGACAAGCCAAUAGCCAUCACUGUGCUCACUUCCAUCAACCUGGUGGUCUACAUCACCGACCUGGUCUGCUCUGCCCACCUCAUCUUCAGACAAGCCUAGGCACUGGUGCUGGUUGGCGGAAAGGAUGGGGAAGGAGCUGUGGGACCUGGCACCUGCUCCUUGCUAGGUGGGUCCCACCCUGAGCUUCCUGCUGCCUUCAACCCCUUACCCAGUCCUCCUGGGGACUUGUUCUCUCUCACUUCCCAUCUGUUCUCUUUGCCUCAUUCAUUCUUUUUUCUGUGUUCAUUUUCCUUCCUUUCUUAUCUUCACUUCCCUUCAUUCAUUCUUUUCCUCCUUCAUUCUCUCUUCUUCUUCCCCUCCUCCCCCCAUUUUCACACCUAAAUACUUUGGAUGCCCAACCUGCUCAUCACUUCAGGGCACUGUUGGGGCAAGCACACACAGUUAUACAAAUAUAAAUUUGCCUAUUGCUUUUCAUGUUAUGUAUUUUCUUGAGUUUUGCAUUGCCUUAAGAAACUCCAUUUUGUACUGUUACCUAGCUUGUCAUAAGUGUUCAACCUUUGUAUGCUGUAUGUGUGAGAGAUUUGGUGAGAGUGUGCCUGUGGAAAAGGAAAACAUCAGCUGGUGACUUGCUUAAGAAUGCAGGCAAAUAAAAGACCGGACAAGAAGAAUCUGCCCCAAAACAACAAGAGAACAAUGGCAAUCACCCUUCAAGGAAGAACACAGUGAUAACACAGCAAAGCCCAGAGGACUAGGUGAAUUGACAAAGCUAUAAAUGAUGGAGUGGGACAUAUUGAUUUUGGGUUUGUUUUGGAUGUCAUGGAGCAUCGGUUCAUCUGACGAGAUGGACCGGCACGAUUCCGGCUCCUACUUGUAAUCAACUUGGCUGGCCACUAAGUUGAUCUGAGCACUGAUAAGACUGGUAACAGAACAGCACAGAACUGAAAUUGGGGUAUGAAUGUGGUGUGUAUGCGUAUGAAGUGCUUAAUUAAUAAACGCAGCAUCUUGCCUUAUCCUCCCUCA